AUGUCAUCAAAAAACUCUGUAUUAAGAUUUGCUAAACUUAGUGAAUUUGCAUUUGAACCCUUGAAAGGUUCAGUUUAUGCAGCCGGUUGGGAUCUUCGAAGUGCUCAUGAUUAUGUAGUACCAGCAAGAGGAAGAAUAAUAGCUCAAACUGAUAUACAAAUUGCUGUACCAAAUGGCUGUUAUGGCCGUGUUGCCCCAAGAUCUGGUCUAGCUGCUAAAUUUGGUAUCGAUACUGGAGCUGGUGUCAUUGAUGCUGACUAUCGUGGUAAUGUCGGUGUUGUAUUAUUCAAUCAUAAUGACUUAGAUUUUACUAUUAAACGAGGUGAUCGUAUUGCACAAUUAAUUUGUGAAAAGAUUGAAAUGGCUGCGUUAGUUGAAGACGAGAAACUCGAUGAUACUGUACGUGGUUCAAAUGGAUUUGGCAGCACUGGUGGAUUUUCGCAUGUUCAAAAUGGCAAUUCUCAUUAA